AUGAGCGGAUCAGGAAAGGGCUUACUGGGUUUAUGGCUAUAUAGAAACGGAUCUGAUUGGCAAGUCAAGAACGAGGCUCCGCAUCAUCCCAAAUUAGGGGAAAUUCAAAUGGCGCAACAGCAGGCCAGAACGGAAGGCGAGAGGAUUUCAGUGAUUUUCAGCCUCAAAAAUCAAGUCGGUGGGCUAGUCAGAGCCUUGACUGUAUUUCAAGAUCUGGGCAUAAAUGUUCUUCAUAUUGAAUCGAGGAAAUCCGUCACUGCGACGGCGGCUGCCGACAUAUUAGUGGACGUGGAGUGUGACCCGCGCCGUCUAGAACAACUGCAGAGGAUGCUGAAGCGGGAAGUCCAGGACUUCGAAGUGGUCCCGCCGCAGACCGGGGAAGAGUUCCCGCCGCCGACGCCGCUCUCCGCCGCAGCUAGUUUCGAUUUUGGGGACAUGGUGUGGUUCCCCCGCAAGAUUUCUGAUCUGGAUAGAGCUCAAAACGUCCUCAUGUACGGCUCGGAGUUGGACGCGGAUCAUCCAGGAUUUAAAGACCCGGUCUAUCGCAAAAGAAGGGAACAAUUCGCUGCCAUAGCCAAUAACUACAAAUACGGACAACCUAUUCCCAAGGUACAAUACACUGAGACAGAAAUUAAAACUUGGGGGAUUGUGUUUCGGGAGCUGCACAAGUUAUACCAGAAACACGCUUGUGACGAGUACCUUGAAAACUGGCCGCAACUUGUGAAGUACUGUGGCUAUAGAGAGGACAACUUACCGCAGCUUGAAGACGUCAGCACAUUUCUGAAGAGGAAAACCGGAUUCCAACUGCGUCCAGUGGCUGGCUACCUGUCUCCGAGGGACUUCCUCUCUGGCCUGGCCUUCAGGGUGUUCCAUUGUACGCAAUACAUCCGCCAUUCUUCUGAUCCCUUUUAUACACCAGAACCAGACUGCUGCCACGAACUUCUGGGACACAUGCCACUGUUGGCAAAUCCUAGCUUCGCGCAGUUCUCGCAAGAACUCGGACUGGCUUCCCUUGGCGCAUCUGACGAAGACAUUGAUAAACUUGCCACGCUAUACUUCUUCACGGUCGAGUUCGGCCUCUGUCGUCAAACAGACGGCAGUUUCCGAGUAUACGGCGCUGGCUUGCUGUCUUCAGUAGCCGAAUUGCAACACGCUCUAUGCACUCCUGAGAAGAUUAAACGCUUCGACCCUGAUGUCACCGUGAAUGAGGAAUGUAUUAUCACGUCAUACCAGAACGCGUAUUAUUAUACGGAAUCAUUUGAGGAAGCUAAAGAAAAAAUGAGGGCUUUUGCUGACAGCAUACAGCGUCCAUUUGGAGUGCGGUACAACCCAUACACUCAGAGUGUGGAGGUACUGAGUAAUGCCCAAAAGAUAACUGCCCUCGUGAGUGAGCUUAGAGGCGACAUCUGCAUCGUUUCUUCAGCUAUCAAGAAGAUAUCAGCCCAAGAUUCCACUCUUGACGUUGAAACGAUUGCAAAUAUGUUACACGCUGGAUUACAGGUGAACGAAAGGAGUCCUCAAAGUACUUCAGGAAACAGCUCACCUAAUUCUGAUAGAGGCGCUUCUCCAAGACCAGAACAAAAAUAA